UCAUUAUGGGCGUCUAAUAUGCCCUCCACGUCGCGACCUUAACGCGUCUGCGGAAGUGUACUUUCGACUUCCUCAUCUACUCUCUCCUGGCGAAUUGUCGAGGCUGCCUCGACUCAGUGCACAUAUAACAGAGGUUAAGCUGAGUGCUGAGUAUCGUCAAAAUGGUCGUCCUCGCAGCAUCAAUAUGCACGAAGGGCGGGAAAGCUGUCGUUUCUCGUCAAUUCCGUGACAUGACAAAAGCCCGGAUCGAGUCUCUCCUCGCGUCCUUCCCCAAGCUCAUCCCGACCGGCACACAACACACGUCCGUCGAGACCACCGACGUGCGCUACGUCUACCAGCCCCUGGAAGACCUCUACAUCCUCCUCAUCACCAACAAGGCGUCGAACAUCCUCCAGGACAUCGAGACACUGCACCUCUUCGCCCGCGUCGUCUCGGACCUCUGCAGGAGCGCGGAGCAGCGCGAGAUCACGAAGCAUGCGUUCGAGUUGCUGGGGGCGUUCGACGAGAUCGUCAGCUUGGGGUACCGGGAGCAGGUCAACCUCGCGCAGAUCAGGAACGUAAUGGAGAUGGAGAGUCACGAGGAAAAGAUCCAGGAGAUCAUUGCGAGGAACAAAGAGGCGGAGGCGAAGGAGGAGCUCAAGCGGCGCGCGAAGCAGCUCGAGAUGCAGCGCCGGGAGCAACAACGGCGCACAGCUGCUGGCGGGCCUUCAGGGGGCAGCUACCUCGGCGGCGGUGUCUCCGGGUAUGCGCCUGUACCCCAACGCUACGAUACUCCGGUGGCCCCCAUCGCCCGCACCGCGUCGCCCGCAGCCUCGAGUGUACGCGCACCCGCCUUCAAGAGCGGCGGCAUGAAGCUCGGCGGCAAGAAGACGAGGCAGGCGGAGCUGCUCGAUGCGCUCGGUGGGGACGCGUUGCUGUCUGAGGACAUGUCGACGCCGGGUACGCCUGCGGCGUCGAACACCCCCGAGCCCGUCGCACCGCCAGCGCCGAAGAACGACCGCGGCAGCCUGCCCCCCGUUCAUGCUGAGAGCGUGCAUGUCGUCAUUCGUGAGACGAUCAACGCGGAGAUGGUUCGCGACGGCGGCCUCAACAACCUCGAGCUCAAGGGUGACAUGAACCUCCAUAUCUCCGACCCCGACCUUGCGAAGAUCAGGAUCGCGCUCUCGCCCGCUGCUGUGAACUUCGGCCCCGAGCUCCAGUUCAAGCAACACCCGAAGGUGGACAAGUUCGUCGCGAACAGGGACCGUGUUGUCGCGUUGAAGGACCCCAGCAAGGGCUUCCCUGUGGGCCAACCGCUUGCAGUGCUCAAGUGGAGAUAUGCUGGGAAGGAUGAGACAUACGUGCCACUUUCCAUCAACUGCUGGCCGACACCCUCAAACGACGGCACAUGUGAAGUGAACAUCGAGUACGAGCUCGAGAAUGAGGGCGUCACCCUGCACGAUGUUGUUAUCUCCAUUCCGCUGCCUGACGGCUCCUACCCGACCGUUUCUUCACACACCGGAGAAUGGGCCCUCAAUCCCUCCGUCCACGCACUCGACUGGAACAUCCCCGUUAUCAACGCAGACGACCGCUCCGGGUCCAUGGAGUUCUCCGUCGGCGGCGACGAUCCCGGCGCAUUCUUCCCCGUGAAGGUGUCCUUCAUCGGCGAGGGUAGCAUUGCGGGCGUGCACCUCGCGUCCAUAUCGAAGGUUGACUCUGGCGAGGACGUCGUGUACUCCGAGGACGCGACGGUGCAGAUCGAGAACUAUACUGUUGUUUAGGGUAGAUUUGGACAAGUAUUUAUGACACGAUACGAAGCAUUGCAUGGAUAGCGGCGACUCUAUGAAUGUG